UUCAGUACUCAUGUAGAAAGUAUCGCACACUUUUGUUGACAUUUCUUCACAAGUAAUGCACUUGGCAAUGGCAGAACUGAUAAGUGAGGGGAGUUUAGUUCGCUACUACUGCACUUACGGUAAGGGGAUGGAGUCUUUCUUAAUCGACGAAGUGAAGAGGAAGCUGGCAGCUGAAGAUGUGUGUCAGAUUUCAGGUAAAGUGUUGUUCAGCUCGUCUGCAGGGAUCGACAGAGUCAGUGAGCUCAAAGCUGCAGAGAGACUCUUCCUUCUGUUGAAAAAAGACUCUCCUGUGCUGCUGCCAGCCCACACCAACCAAGCAAAAGCAUCCUCUGUGCUGCAGUCCAGAGUGUUGGGGGACAAGGAUCAAUGGAGCAGUGCUGUAAUGACAUGGAGCCGCCUGCAGGGGGAGCUGUCGGGCAGAAGAAGGACUACUGUCAAAUCACAAAGCACUGUCACAAGAAAGACAGGGGAGGAGGGCAGAGGGAUUGAAGAGCUCAAGAGAGAGAUAGUAGAGAGAGGGGGACAGACCUGUGGAGCAGAAGCCCAGACACUGGAGAAAAAGAGAAAGAGGGACGAAGGAGAAAAUGAGUCUAGCAGUGACAAAAAUGCAGAGGAUCAGAGGACAUCUGAGAGAGACAGAAAGAGACACUGCGAAGAAGAGGACGAAGAGGAAAGGAUGGGGUUAAGCAUCUGUAGACAAAAUGGAAAAAAGGGAAUAAUAUCAGAAACAGAUUUGUGUGGCACAGGAUCAGUUUGUGAUCACGCAACCUCAGGAUUACACCACAAUGUGGAGGGAAGUGGCAGGAAUGUGGAUAACACGGCAGAGGACUUAACAGUGCAAAAAGUGGAACAUGGGACGACUACUGAAGGAAGAGAUGAGACACUUCUGCAACCCAGUCUGAUCAAACCAGAGCCUCCUUCUCCUGCAGCGGUGACUUUCAGGAUCAGCUGCAAGUGUACAGGGUCCCUGUCUCGCUAUUACAGCCAACAGGAGGUGAGUAGAGUGAUAGGAGUAGGUCUGAGCAGACUGAUGGGCUGGAAAGCUGACCUGAAGAAUCCACAGCUGGAGGUUAAUGUUUAUUUGAGUGAUGACAACUGCCUGGUCGGGUUUCCACUAACCAGGUUACCUUUGGCUAACCGGAGCUACAUUAAAACCACAGGACUGCGGUCCACUGUAGCCUGGGCUAUGGCCUCAUUGGCUCAGAUACAGCCAGGCUUCUGUGUGGUGGACCCAAUGUGUGGAGUCGGUACCAUCCUAAUAGAAGCAGCACAGGAACAUCAGGAUGUCUGUUUCCUGGGUAUGGACAUUGAUGAUGGACAGUUGAAGAAGGCCAAUGAGAAUGUAGAAUUUGCAGAGCUGGGAAACAGGAUGCACCUGCUGAAAGCUUCAUCUAUGACGCUGCCUCUGCCCAGCUCCACUGUGGAUGCUGUAGUGUGUGACCUGCCAUUUGGAAGGAAGUUUGGCACCAAAACAGACAUGGCUGCCAACCUGCCUCUCAUCCUCACAGAGAUGGAGAGAGUCCUCUGUAUCGGUGGUACCCUGGUUCUCCUUCUGAGUCCUCAGUUAUCCUGUGUCCUGAAAAAACUCCUGGCACAGAAAGACACCGGACCAACAUCUAACCAAGAAGCAAAGCCUGGAAAACAAGACUGUCCAUCUCCUUCUCUAUCCUCCACAAAGCAGCAGACAUCCCAAAUCCAACAGGGGGUCAAAUCCCCACCUACCCAGGAAACUGAGCCUCCGUCUGGGCUACAGCACAGUCCGCCACCCCCUCUCUCCUCCCUGAAGCACCAGGCAACGCUUCGUCUCAGCUUAGGGGCCAUAGAUGGACUUCUUCAUAAAUAUGUCAAGAUAGACACUUGAUCUGUGUUUGUGAAAGUUACUUUCAAAAGUAUUUAGUUAUCUUUUUUACUUUUUUCGUGAAGAAUCAGUAGGUUUUGCCACACAUUAUAAAACGAUGUGGUUUGUCUCUAAGGUUCUUUCAAUUGCAAAUAAUAUGAAGAAAUAUAUUUUUGUAGGAAAUGUUAGUUAAACCAGAGUCAAAAGUGUGUCUUUUAAUUAAUACCCGUUGGUGCUCUUGAGGAUAUUAAUGACACCAAGACAGUGUAUGCCCAUUUCCAUUCUAAAGAAGAUCACAAUGGGUUUUCAAUAGAUUUUGCACACCUAUCACACAUAAUUAAAACAUGUAUUUCAAGCUUCUGCCUCACCAAAUACACUUGUUAGCAAAAAACAUUCAUUGUUUUUGGUAUUUUUGGUCAUAUGUUGACCAAAAAUAUGGAAUACCACAAGCCUUAUCCCUUAUAUGUUUCUGUAAUAAGUCUUUGUUCUGCCUGUAACACAAACCCCAUCAGCUGAAUCACAAUGUUGCCAUCUGCCGUUUAGCCCUGCUUAGCCCAGUUUUAUACAGAGGGGCGAGACAAGGCCACACAGGGCUUAGUGUUUGCAUUCAUUUCCCUUUCAGAUGUCAACUUACUGUAUUUUCUCUGCCUGUGUUGAUUAGAAAAUCUGACUUCAUCUUCAUUGUGUGGAUCUCCCAGUACUAUUGAAAUAGUACAAUCAAUCUUGUGUUAAAACCAGGUGUUAGGUGUUUUCUAAUGACCUUUUUUUAAUAAAAA